AGUUCUUUGAAUGAAGCAAGUGUAAAUCCAAUCGCUCCGCUCUCCUCCGUCUCUUGGAUUCACCAAUUCCAGUCCGCCUCAGAACACACGUGGGUGCGUACGUGUGAGGGAGAGAUGGGGAACUGCCAAGCUGCGGAAGCUUCAACGGUGGUGAUCCAACGGCCAGGAGGAACGAUCCAAAGGAUCUACUGGUCCGUAAGUGCCAACGAGGUCAUGGCUUCGAAUCCCGGCCACUACGUCGCUGCCCUCGUAACAAUGCCUCCCGUAUCGGAAACCGGCACGCCCGUUAAGCAGUUGAAGCUUCUCCGACCCGACGACACGUUACGUAUCGGACACGUGUAUCGCCUCAUUAGCUUCGAAGAAGUGUUGAAGGAGUUCGCAGGGAAGAAGUACACAAAGUUGAGUAAGUUGAUUUCAAUGCAGAAUCAAAAAGUGAAUCGUGGGGAUACGAGGAAGAAGAGGGAAGGAGAAAGAUCCAGACCGUCCCAGCAAGAACAACCGUCAGUUAAGGUUGUGAGCCAGGUGAUGGAGCAGGAGGAAGAUGAAGUUUUCCGAGUUGGAAGAACGAGAGUAGGCCAUGGCCAACGGCAUCAUCAAAGACAAUGGAGGCCAGCCUUACAAAGCAUUUCAGAGAUUGGGAUGUGAGCCCCACUUCCUUCUCCAUAUUUCAAGAGCAACUGCAAUGUGUCUGUGGACUGUCUCCUCCACCAGUAAAAGAAGAAGCCCUUUCCUUCUUCUCAUUUUCCCCCUUGGGAAUUGACAUCUACAUCCUCACUCUUUGAUAGAUACACCCUCUUUCUUCUCUACUUUAGGAAAUACAAUGGUACAUUUUUGUACUAUUUUUUCCCAGAGUAGAAAUAUUGGGGCAUCUAUGAAUAAGAGUGGGUUUUUAGAUAUUGGCUUCCAUUUUCUGUAAUUUAUGAAGAAUCUAGGGCUAGUGUUUGUACUUUGUACACAGUUUUCAGACAUCAUGGAGAAUUUUGCAGCCUUA